CAUAUGCCACAUCUAAGACAAUCCAGUCCUCAUGAAUCAUGAUCUAAGGCAUAUUAGUGGCUGUACAUUUUUAACAGUCCCGUCGAAUUCUUCUUCCUAAAUCCCUCUGCAUAAAAUGUACGCCUUAGCUCGAUCACGAUUCCGAAUUUUGAGAACUAAUCGGCGUUUUUUAUCCACCGUUCUUCUCCAAGACCAACAUCUUCCUCCGCCUCCUCUCCCUGAACCUUCUUCCGCCGCCGCCGCCGGAGCUGAGAACAAGUCAUGGAAUUUUCUCAAGUACAGCCUUGUUGCUGCCCUCACCGGCGGUGCGGCUACUGCUGGUUAUGCUACCUACGCAUAUUCAUUGAACGAAGUUGAGGAGAGGACCAAGGCUUUGCGUACAUCUGCAAACUAUACUGUUGGUGAUAGUGCAUCUGGUUUGGAUAAAUUUCAAGCUUUGUUAUACUCCUCUGCAAUGACAGAUGUAAUACUAAUACACAUUGGUGAUUAUAGUGAACCAUCAUCAGACAAACUCCUGCCAGAUUUGCAUCCACUGGAGCAACAUGUUUUUACCAUUGUCCUCGAUUUGAGUGAGACAUUGGUCUACUCUGACUGGAAGCGUGAAAGAGGCUGGAGAACAUUUAAAAGACCCGGGGUUGAGGAUUUUCUGGAACGCUUAGCUCAAUUUUUUGAGAUAAUUGUAUACUCUGACCAACAGAACAUGUAUGUCAAUCCUAUUGUCGAGUUGGAUUCAAAGCAGUGUAUCCGGUAUAGGCUAUCAAGGGGAGCAACUAAAUAUGUGGGUGAUUUUGCUCAUUCUCUAAAUUUUCCGUUCAUUAUGCUUCUACUUCAACACAAAAAUCUUUCAACUCUUUUUAAUUUCUUUUAUCCCUCGCUUCAUUUCCCACUCCUUGGAAAAUGGGAUCUUUCCAUGUUGAAUAGGGACAUAUAUGUUAGUGGUAAUGCAUUAGAAAGUAGCCUUCAACCAGAGAACUGUGUAGAAAUAAAACCAUGGAAAGGAGAUGUGGAAGAUACCACACUUUUAGAUCUUAUUCCAUUUCUUGAAUAUGUUGGAAAACAUAGGCCAGCUGAUAUUCGAGUUGUAUUAGCUUGAUACCAAGGAUGUGAUAUUGCAAAGGAGUUUAUUGAACGAUCGGAGGAGCACCACAGGCGUAUGCAAGAGCAGAAGCAGACUGGUCGCUUAUGGCGUUGCUAG